CAAAAAAAAUCUUUUGCUUCGUCAUGCCUCGAUUUUAGUUGAACAUCCCUCGAUCCCACGCCAGAACGCUCCAUCGCGGUUGUACACGACGCAACCAAAGCAAUCAUGUGUGGCAUUUCCGCAAUUCUUCUUGGCGAUACGAAAGCCACCACGGCCGCCGUCGACCUGCACGAAUCCCUAUACUUCCUCCAACAUCGUGGACAAGAUGCCGCCGGCAUCACCGUGUGCCAGGGCGGAAGGCUUUACCAGUGCAAGGGCAACGGAAUGGCUGCCAAGGUCUUCGCCGAGGGCAAGCGCAUCACCGACCUGCCCGGCUACUGCGGAAUAAGCCACCUCAGAUACCCAACAAUGGGCACUUCAUCUGCGUCCGAAGCGCAACCUUUUUAUGUUAAUUCGCCCUUUGGUCUGUCCAUAAGCGUGAACGGAAACCUGGUGAACAAUGGAGAACUUCGCACCUUCUUGGACCUCGAGGCCCGCCGCCACGUCAACACCGACUCAGACUCGGAGCUCCUGCUAAAUGUGUUCGCGCAUGCGCUCAACGAGCUGGGCAAAGCUCGCGCCAAUGUGGACGACGUCUUCACCGCGCUCAGGGACGUGUAUUUGAGGUGCCACGGAGCCUACGCGUGCACUGCCAUGAUUGCAGGCUUUGGAAUUCUAGGCUUCAGGGACGAGAACGGUAUCCGACCCCUUUGCCUUGGAUCUCGACCAAGCACCACCCUCGAAGGAGCCACGGAUUACUUUAUGGCCUCGGAGUCUGUUGCUUUGACACAGCUUGGCUUUGGUAAUAUUGUGGAUAUCUUGCCCGGACAAGCUGUCUUCAUUGAGAAAGGAGGCGCUCCCCAGUUCCGCCAAAUCGUGGAGAGAAAAUCCUACACUCCUGACAUUUUUGAAUAUGUCUACUUCGCCCGCCCAGACAGCUGUAUUGACGGGUUGUCCGUCCACCGCAGUCGCGAGAAUAUGGGACUCAAGCUUGCGGAGAAGAUGAAGAAGGUUUUGGGAGAGAAGGGGAUCCAGGACAUCGACGUCAUCAUUCCAGUUCCAGAGACCAGCAACACUGCAGCGGCUAUCUUGGCCAAGUCCCUGGACAAGCCAUUCUCGAAUGCGUUCGUCAAGAACCGCUACGUUUACCGGACCUUCAUUCUGCCUGGCCAAUCGGCGCGACAGAAGAGCGUUCGCCGAAAACUCUCACCUAUUAAGUCUGAGUUCAAAGGCAAAGUCGUAUGCCUCGUUGAUGAUUCUAUUGUGAGAGGAAACACCUCUCGCGAAAUUGUUCAAAUGGCCAAGGAAGCGGGGGCCGUCCGCGUCCUCUUUGUCUCAUGCUCUCCAGAAAUCACACACCCUCAUGUUUACGGCAUAGACCUUGCCGACCCUGCUGAACUCAUCGCACAUAACAGGACAGUGGAGGAAAUCGCUGAGCACAUUGACGCCGACGAAGUCAUCUAUCAGGAUAUUGAGGACCUCAAGAUCGCGUGUAUGGAGGCGAGUGAGGUCAAGACCGAUGUUCACGACUUUGAGACAGGAGUAUUUUGCGGAAGGUAUAAGACGAACGUGCCCGAUGAAUACUUCGAGCAUCUCAACGAGUUGAGGGGGAAGGGGAAGAAGAGAAAGACUGCGACGGGCGCGAAUGAGGAGGAAGAGACAGGCCAACGGAAAACAAUCCUAAUUGCGAAUAGCGGUCCAAUGAACGUGGGGCGCCCGCAAAAGGCAUCAAGUGCUGCGAAUGGAGAGGGUGGACCGGACAACCGGGAUGACAUCAGCCUUCACAACUUUGCAAACGAAUCUUAAGACACCACACAGUUACUAGAAAUUGCGUUUUGGAUAGACCGGUUAGAUGCCAGGACGGCAGGUGCCCACUGGAGAUGAAACUGAGUGCGGAUUUCUAGGGGCAUCAAUCUCGCGAUCAAUUUAAGCAUUCCUAGCUAUUCUCCUGUUUCUCCUGCGAUAGAAAUUGUUUAUCUAAGUGAUUAUCCUACUUCUUAAUGAC